AUGGCUUCGCGGGAGGAAGGCGAGCUCUUGCACGGGAAAACGAGGCACCAGGACGGGUCUGGAAGUGUAAACAGCUCGGAGGGCUUGAGGAACGGCUACGUGAAGAGCUGCGUCACCCCCCUUCACCAGGACCACCACAGGGGCUUUUUGUUCACCGUGUGCAGGAUUUGCAACGAGGACAUUUUCAAUUCCAAACUGUUGAAGGUCUCGGCUCUCCACGUCGGCGCGCUCGUCGUGUUCGCGGUUUCGUUCCUCGUUUCCAGGAGCCUGCAAAGUGACUCGCCGGGGGAUUUGCGGACUUUAGUGUCCGGCUUCUCGCAGUCCGUCAGCCCCCUGUUCAGCAUCGGAUGCGCCUUCUUCUUCCUGACCUUUUACCUGAGGAGGAAGAAGCAGCAGAGCAGCAAGCCGUGGCUCCUGUCGCUGCCUGCCUCCUGCUUCCUCGGGGACUUUCUGGUCGUGCGCUUCUUGCAGUGGGGAGAGGACCCGCACCACAUGCACAUGGUGGGCAGGCUGUUCUUCGUGCUGGGCUGCGUGGGGCUGCUCACGCUCAUCCCCACGCUGAAGCUCAAACACAGCGUGCUCGUGCUGGUGUUCGCCAGCGCCGUGUGGCUGCUGUCCCUCACCAGCCUGAGCGCCCUGCCCGCAACGCUGCGGCCGCUGUGCGCGUGCUUUGCGGGGCUCUCGGGCUCCCUGUGCGGGAUCGGCUUCGACCGCUGCUACCAGCCGAGGGAGGCGCCGAGCGGGCCGGCCAGCGCCGAGGAGAAGGUGCCGGUGAUCCGACCCAGGAGACGCUCCAGCUGCGUUUCUCUGGGGGAAACGUCCACCAGCUAUUAUGGAAGCUGUAAAAUGCCUCGGAGACCCUCGCUGCCUUGCAUUUCCAGAGAGCAGAUGAUCUUAUGGGACUGGGAUCUGAAACACUGGUACAAACCACAGUAUCAGGGUGCAGCGAGCGGCAAUGGGGUGGAUCUCUCAGUCAUCAACGAGGCUAGAAAUUUGGUGUCAGACCUACUGAUGGAGUCAUCACUACUGCCAAACACCAUUGCAGCUCUUCGCAGCAUCUCCAGCCUCUUGGGGACGUUUUCAGGCUCGUGCCGGCCCAGGGUGAACCCCAUUACGCCUUUUCCAGGUUUCUACUCUGUAGAGGCGGAGGACUCUCUAGAGCGAAGUGACAGGAAAGGCAUAAAGGGUUUGAGCAGCAGAAACAGCCUCCCCACCCCGCAGCCCAGGCGGAGUUCCACCUCCUCCACGCCUUCGGCUCUGUCCCUCCUUGACUCCGCCUCUUCACGCUGGGAGCGUAACAAUGGAAAGAGACCCCACUGUGACCUCGGCUUGACCAGCUCAGCUCUGACCAACGGCCCCAAUGCAAACCUGCUCACCAUCCCCAAGCAGAGGUCUUCCUCUGUUACUCUAACAUAUCAUGCCGGGCCCAGGAGAACAGGCGCUUCACCCAGCCUGAGCCCAGUCACCUCUCCAAGCCAUAGUCCUCCAGCUCUGAGCUCAGGUUCCUCAUCGUCCCUCGCCACUCGACUGCCCGUGGAGUUCCCAGACACGGCGGAUUUCCUGACGAAGCCGAGCGUCAACCUGAACCUGCACAAGCCUUUGGGCCACACAGUCAGCGCCACUGAUUUCCAGCAGGCCUUCCGCGGUGCAACGUUCCCUCUCUGCACCAGCUGUGGUCGUCAGAUGCUUAAGGGAGUUUCUAGCAGCGACACAGGAGAGUCUCACCAAUCAUUUAUCAGUGACGCUCAUUGCAGGCGCUCAGUAGUUGAAGGUCUGGAGUUCGCGGGGGAGCCUCUUAUCAGGGAAGAGGUGGAGCUGUCCGGAGACGGGAGGUCAGACACUGGAGGCGACGAAGGACUGGCGGAGGAGGAGAAGGAGAGCAGCCCGAGCACAGCCCAGCAAACUCAGAAGCCUGAGGGGGAACAGGAGUUCAGGUUGGAUCCCAUGCUGGAGGAUCACAAAGUUCUUAUGGAGAGGAUGAACACCUGGAACUUCCAGAUCUUCGACCUGGUGGACAAAACAGGAGGGAAGACGGGAAGAAUCCUCAGCUAUGUGACGUACACGCUGUUCCAGGACAUGUGUCUGUUUGAGAUCUUCAAGAUCCCUGUGAGAGAGUUCAUGUCCUACUUCUGUGCUCUGGAAAGUGGCUACAGAGACAUUCCCUAUCAUAACCGGGUUCAUGCCACAGAUGUGCUCCACGCUGUUUGGUACCUGACCACUCGACCAAUCCCUGGGUUCCAGCAGAUCCACAGUGAGCAUGUAACAGAGAGCGACACAGAUUCAGAUAGUGGAAUAUCUCCGGGCAGGAUAUCCUACGCCUCCUCCAGGAGCUCCACGGUGUCAGAUGACAGCUAUGGCUGCCUAGCCUGGAACAUCCCUGCCUUGGAGCUCAUGGCCCUUUAUGUAGCAGCUGCAAUGCACGAUUAUGACCAUCCAGGCCGCACAAAUGCCUUUUUAAUAGCCACUAAUGCACCUCAGGCGGUGCUGUACAACGAUCGCUCAGUUCUGGAGAACCACCAUGCUGCGUCCGCCUGGAGCCUCUAUCUGUCCCAACCUGAGUACAACUUCCUGGGCAACCUUGAUCACGUGGAAUUUAAGCGGUUUCGCUUCCUCGUCAUCGAGGCGAUACUGGCCACAGACCUCAAGAAGCACUUUGACUUUCUGGCUGAGUUCAAUGCAAAGGUGAAUGAUGUGAAUAGUCCAGGAAUUGACUGGACCAAUGAGAAUGACCGACUCCUUGUGUGCCAAGUGUGCAUCAAGCUGGCAGACAUCAAUGGACCAGCCAAAGUCCGGGACUUGCACAUCAAGUGGACAGAAGGCAUAGUCAAUGAGUUUUAUGAGCAGGGAGACGAGGAGGCUCGGUUGGGAUUACCCAUGAGCCCUUUCAUGGACCGCUCCUCCCCACAGCUGGCCAAGCUGCAGGAGUCCUUCAUCACCCACAUUGUGGGACCACUGUGUAACUCCUACGAUGCUGCUGGUCUUCUUCCUGGCCAGUGGAUUAACGAAGCAGAAUCAGAUGACGAUGAAGAUGAGGAGCAGGUGGAUACGGAUGAAGAAGAGGAUGAAGAAGAUGAGCUAGAAGAUGAUUUGGCAUCAGGAAGGACAAAAAAUCGCCGCAGGUUGUUCAGCUGCAUCAUGCAGCACCUGACAGAGAACCACAAGGUGUGGAAGAAGAUCAUUGAAGAAGAGGAGAAAAGCAAAGAGCUUGGCACACAGCAGCAGCCAGACAGCUUGCCCUCCUCCCCGUCAGAUGACAUCCAGGUCAUCCAGGAGGAAGAGGAGGGAGAGGAGCGUCAGUAGCAGGAGGACAGAAGAACGAGCAGAGCGGAGUAGCUGUGUGAGGACGCACGUCCCUCUACCAUCUGCCUUUAACUGACAACGUUUAUGAAUGCACAUAAAGCGUACUUUAUUCCCACUAUCUAUGAACAACACACACACACACAUUGAAAGAGUCACUGUGCAGACAGUCAUUUGCUAAAGCAGUCACAGUGUUUUUGGAGAAACAAAAAGGCCUUACUACUGUGAGCGGAUCCUUACUGCAACGGUGGGGGCCCAACCCCUAUGCACUUUCAUCCCAUGGACACUCACGU